AUGAUUUGUCGUGCGGUCAUUCGCUUCAUAUAUGCGCCGUCGACCGUAUCUUUUGUUGCGGGACAACCGCUUGGGUAUUACUCUUCAUGGCCACUCUUUGUACUCUCACAUCACAUAGUGUAUAAGUGUGCUCGAUUUUCGACCCUCUGUAGGGUUGGAGGGAUGGGGUACCGACAACGGUCUCGCUUAGAGACUCGUAGGUCUGCAAGGGCUGAAAGUCUCUUCGUGAUGUGGAAUAAAGCUCUAUUUGGUCAUGGUUGUCUAGAGUUGUGGCUAGGUCAAGGCCUGCCCUUAAGCCUGUAUCUUCGGGGUGUCAUCAUCCAACUGUUAAGGAAGGAGAUGAAACCUCAAGAUUCAAAAUCCAGACGCACUUUUUUCUUGUUCCUGGGGUCAAAGACUUCCUUGAGUGGUCAAUGCUUCGUGCAUGGAUGCGGGAAUGGCUGCGUUAUUGUCAUUGGUACUAUGGUACUGGAUCCAUGGGUAUCCAUUGAGGCCUUCUUUGAUGCGCCAGUUGUGAAUGUGAAAUGGAAGGCUGAUCGGAAGAGCGUUGAGCUCGUUCGAUUCGGUCUUCUAUGGAAGAUUUUUGAUUUGGUGGGUCAAUUAGGUGUCUCUUUUAGGUGUUCGAUCCUAGAAGAUUCAUCUGGAUCAGAAAGAUCUGGUCCAUGGCUUCUUGGUGGAGUUGAUGGCACGUCUUUCUUGGUCUCGCCUAUCGGCCUUUUCCAACCGAAGGCGAGUAAGGGGGUUGUGGUUUGUGAGAUUGUUAAAGAUCCUUCUAAACCCGAUCCCGCUUAUAUUACCGUUCGUUAUAAGACUAAGCGAUUGGCAAAUGAUCGAGAAAGAAACGAUUGA